CCGCAGGAGCAGAUAACAGCAAGGGCAGAGUAGCAGCAACAGAGAUGAGGGCAGGAGAUGUGAGAGCCUGAUAAGAGGACCGCAUCCCGGGCCGCGCGGCCGGAGCUCUCCUCCUCUGCCAGCUCAUCACGAACAGGAACUUUACAUAUGGUUAUCGUGCUUCCUCCUCCCCCUUAGUAACCAUGGUAACCAAGAGGAGAUUCGGUGUGAACUCGCGCUCUGGUUUCCCCGUGCCGGUAGUAAUGGCAGUGUGGGCGGCCAGUUUCGUGGGCGUGGCUUUGGGGGACGCCUGGAGUACCAGCAGCAACGACGUAUACAACAGCACGUGCCUGGAGGGUUGCACGUGCGGGAAGCUCCGUUCGAAUCACCUGCACGAGGAGCUUGAUACGUUCGACUGCUCGUUCAACAACAUAUAUUCGUUCCCUGAAAACUUGCCUCAGGAUCUCCAGGUCCUUAGCCUGCGAGGGAACUCCAUCUUCAGCGUCCUCGACAACAUCUGCAAGCUGACAGACCUUCGAGAGCUGGAUUUAUCGGGAAACAGGAUAAAAUCCAUUGGCCGGGGGCGCAUGUUUCAGAACAUGACGCGGCUGGAAUACCUGAGCGUGCGGAAGAAUGCGAUCUCGACGAUAUUUCACGACAACUUGAUGGGGCUCAAAUCACUGGUGCACCUGAUUCUCUCUAACAACAAAAUUACGUAUAUCGAGGACAAGGCCUUUAUUGAACUAGGCCACCUGCUGACUCUUGACCUCGAGCAGAAUCUCCUGGGGUCACUGUACGCUGAGUGGUUCCAGGGCCUGGGGGGGUUGGUCGCCCUCAAUCUGGCCCACAACAGAAUCCACAAGAUCCCCGCGUCCUUAUUCCGUGACCUUGUGUCCUUGGAGCGCCUGUACCUGGCAGGGAACCGCAUCUCUUCCGUCGACCCGAGGGCGUUCUCCGGACUCAUGAACCUGCAGCACCUGACCAUGGAGAACAACCUUCUGUCUAGGAUCCCCACGGCAGCCUUCCAGAGCCUGCCGUCGCUCCUGACGCUGAGUCUUGACCAGAAUCCCCUCGUCAAAAUCAAGCCGCUCGACUUCUCCCACCUCAGCGUCACGAGGAUCAGUCUCUGCCAAAUGCCUGAGCUGGAAAUCAUUGAUUCCAAGGGCUUUUAUAAUCUCGCUAACAUAAGUACAAUAGAGAUCACUGACAAUGUCAAACUAGCGUAUGUAGAUCCCCUUGCCUUCAUGAAUGUGGACACCUUGAGGGAACUUCAUCUUCACAAUAAUAAUUUGAAAGGAUUACAGAAGGGGAUGGCAACCUAUCUACCAGAAGGAGUUCAAGUAUCACUUUAUGAUAACCCUUUGCAUUGCGAUUGUAACAUGCGGUGGAUACGACAGCGAAUAGCGCGGGGUGAAAAUGCCAGUAUAGUUAUCAUGGAACCCGAGCACUUAGUAUGCCACAGCCCCUCUUCCCUCGCCCAUAAACUUCUCAUGAAUCUAGUUCCCUCGAAACUUCCAAAGGACUGUCUACCAAUGGUGCUUAACUUAACACAGUCACAUACAGUGGUUGGGAAAGUCGGGGAACGACAAGUAUUGGAAUGUCGUGCACUUGGUUCGCCAAGGCCCCAACUGCGGUGGAUUUUGCCUGACGGUUCGCUGGUCAACUCCACUCUGAACGAGGUGCGGCGACGGUUCUUCCCUCCUGGAACCCUCGUGUACUACCACCUGAAGCCAAGGGACGGCGGCUCGUACACCUGCGUGGCCGAGAACUCCGUCGGCGAGACCAGGAGUUCUCUCACCCUCAACGUCACUGGCAUCGACAUCCACCUGUUCCCCAUCCGCAUGUCGUCGACGCUAGUGACGCUCGUCUGGAACGGGACGGAGCGUCGAGCGUUCCCCUCGUACAAGAUUGUCUUCAGUCGAAUCGACGCCAACGGGACGGACGUCGGGGAGAAGAGGUCCAGCACCGCGAGUCCCACCAGAAAGACCUUCACCAUCACGGGGCUUCAUCCGGCCUCCACCUACCGCUUCUGCAUCGGCUACGAAGACGCCAGCGGCUAUUGGCUGCAGAUCUCAUGCUGCGUCGCCAACACCCGCAGCAUGGAGUUCAUGAUGCAGGGGUUUUCCCGAAUCUCCAACGUGGCUGUGGCUGCAGUGGUGGUCAUAGUGCUGUCCAUGACUGUGAUGGUCUGCUUGGUAUCGGUUGUGUCCAGAAAGUACCGCCACAGGAUGUACGAGACGCCGGAAAAGGUGGGCGAGGACUCGAACUCCGUCCCUCUGGACAACCUCUACCGCCCCCUUCUCAUGGGGUCCUGACGGUCAAGGGGCGGGGCUGAUAUUCAUACAUCCCUGAUGUUGCGUCGACCCCCCUGCUGCGCCCCCGCCCCUUCGUCCCCCGGCCCCCUCACGCCCCCAGUAGGCCGCUCGGCACACGGCGGGGCAGCACACAACAGCCCGAGAGUGACGCCUGUUUCGUCAAGGAGACCUAACCUUCUGGAAGACUGCUGGCUUUCCCCCUCGCCUAAGAAAGCCCGCAACAUCGGAGGAAUGCCCAGCCUUCUGGAAUCCGGCCUGGACAGAUCCCCAGACCUUCUAUCCUACACAGCUGACGUAGAGACGAUGCCCAUCAUACAGGAAACUCAGCUGUCCUCUGGCUAGUUAACUAUUUGAUUAAUUAGAUAUCUAUCUGAGAGUGGGAAAGACUAUAAGCCACACGGUACUGUCUCUGUGAACUCUUAUCCUAUGUGCCAUAAAGAUGAAGAUAAGGAGAGAGUGAGAGAUAGUGUGGCGUGUUUUUUUUUUUAUGUAUCCAAAAUGGUUUAUUUGGCAAAGUUUCUCUACUCACAGAAAGCUAAAGCGUAGUUGUGGGCGUUUGUGGUUCGUAUUGCAAUGAAGUGUACUUUAUGUGGAAAGAUUGCAAGAUUUCUGUGCUUCGAUUCUGAAGGAGGAUAUUUAGCUAAAUAAAUAUAAGACGAUAGUUCUGGUUUUUAAAUGUGAAAAAGUCAGUGAAAUUAAUCAAGUCAGAGAGAAAAGUAAUGGAGAUGUAAUAAUACCGGUCAAAAAAUAUGAAAAAAAGUGAUAAACAGAAAAGGAAAACAAUCAAGUAAAUCAUAAUUAACUGACAAAAAAAAAAAAAAAACUGAAAUAAA